AUGACUGUUGAUGAGGAGAGUGGAACCUCAACCCAGCACAUUAUCAUGAUAGAGUCUGCAGAUGCAGAGGCUGCAGGUCCUGGGGUCAAACUGGAGAGGUCUGAAGGAGAGGAGGACCCACGGAACAUAAGAGACAUUCAGUCUGGAGCGCCCUCUGUAGCCACGGAGGACCCCACCACCCCAGCGCAGCCCAGGACCCGACGCAGCAUCACGGAGGUCAGUGGAACACCGAACGCCGUCCUCAAGUCAGAGACAGACACCAAGACUUUAACUGUAACACACAGGCUCUUACACACAGGAUCUGACCACAGAUCAGACCCAGAGAGAUUGGGGCUGGGUAGACUGGGCAGUCCUCUUGCUCCCAGCUCAGAGUAUUUACCAGUAUUUCACAAGAGCCCGAGGACGGGUAAUUCCCGCGGGGAUGGUGAUGGUGACGCGUUAGACACUGCCGGUGAUGAUCCGUCUUGUUCUUACACUACAGAGAUGGACCCUGGCAACAUGCCCUUGGGUUUAGACACACAGACUGAUCUGUCUAGAGGGGACUGGAACCGGCGCAGUAGUUGUGUAUACUCUGAAGGGUGCCUAGAUAAGAAAGAGGAGGUUAUAUUGGCAGAUGAGGGGACUGUAAAAGUGGAGGGCGACAUUCCUCCCACGUGGAAUGCAGAUAGUCACCUUGGAGAUGGACACUCACAGGGCAGAGAUUUCUUAGAUUACAGGGGAAGCUUGGAGACAAAUCCAAAUGUCGCCACCCACUCCCCUUUACACGUGUUCAAGGAUCGCGACCCAGUGUCCACGUUGAUGGCACCUUCUGAUUCACACGGCUGUGUUCUUUUCGAUCGGGUAUUGAACUCAAACGACAGAUCUAGAGCCCAGGCUCAGGAAGGGGGAGCCACAUCAGGCAAUAGUAAAGAGAAACGGUUCCUCUGCAUGUUCUGUAACAAAGGCUUCAGCAGCUCCCAGAAGGUGGAGAGGCACCAGAGGGUACACACAGGAGAGAAACCAUUCAGCUGUACCCAGUGUGAGAAAAGGUUCUCUCGCCAGGACACCCUGAAGAGGCACCAGAGGAUCCACACAGGGGAGAAACCUUACAGCUGUUCACAGUGUCACAUGCGCUUCGCACAGGCUGGUCAACUUAAGAUGCACUUGAAGGUCCAUACAGGAGAAAGGCCAUUUGCAUGUAUACACUGCGGGAAGAGGUUCUCAGAGAGGAGCUACCUCAGGCUACACCAGCAGAAAAAACAUUCCACUCUAUAACAUAGAAAGUAACCAUUCCACUUGAUAGCUUCUAUAUAUAUAUAUUUUUUAAUCCCCCUUUUCGUGGUAUCCAAUUGUUAGUAGUUACUGUCUUGUCUCAUCACUACAACUCCC